CCCCGCGGCGGUUUUGGCGCGCUUUCCGUCCCCCCUCACGAAAGGCUGCCAUGAUGGCGGCGGCUCUGGACAACUGGCUCCGCACCGAGAUGGAGCUGCAGCCCCCCGCCGUCCCCCCCCCGGCCGUACUCCGCAGACUUUGCUCCGGCCCCGGGGCCCCGGUUUGGGAAUUCAUCAUCCGCCACGUCAAGAACUCCAGGAACGUGAAGAAGAUUCGGGGGAACCUGCUGUGGUACCAACAGAAGCUCGAGGCCGCGGUUAGUCCUCCGGACCGCCAGGAGGCGCUGCAGGAGGCGGUGUCACGCAUGCGCGCCGAGGUGCGGCGCAUGGACCAGGCGCUAGGGGGCGCUCAGGAGGCGGCGCUCCGGCUCGAGGAGUUGCUGAGGGCAGGGCAGAGCCGCUUGUGGGUGGAGCAUCGCCGGGGGGCGGAGCUUCGCCUGCUGGGGGCGGAGCUGGCACCAGAGGGGCUGCAGGGCCUCCAGGGGGCGCUGAGGGUGCCCCGGGACAGGCCCCACCGCACAAGGGCGGAGCUUUCGGCCACCAUGGCAAUGGGGGCAGAACCUGAGGUGCUGACCUCGAUUCGGAGCCUGUGCAUGAGCAGAGAGGGGGAGGAGUUCCUCGAACCCCACCCACCAAACAGGGAUUCACAGGAGCUCCGCAAGGAUUGGCUGGAAAAAGCUGAGGCUGAGCUGGGCCAGCACCACCCGGAGGAGGUUCUGUGGGCAUUGGAGGCUCUGACCAAUGACAGCAUGAGGAUGUUGAGGGCAAGCCCCACCCCUUCACCUGAUGCUCCGCUCACCACAAAGGAGCUCAUCCAGGAGUGUUGGAUGCUCGUGGGGGGGGUUUGGGGGUCGUUGCCCCCCCUCAUUUUCCAACUCAACCAUCUCCAGCAGAACCUCAAUGAGCUGGUCCCAAAACUGGGGGGGGACCCCAAAAUCAGGCUGGCUCUGACCCGGGUGUAUCUGGAGGGGGUCCGAGGGUCCCUGACCCGGAGGGUGCAGGAGCUGAGGGGGGGUCUGGAGGACCCCCAACCCCCCACCCCGGGGGUGCUCCGGCAGCGCCUGCAGCGGGGGAGGCGCAGAGUGCUCCAGCGGCAGCGGCGGCUGCGGCUCCUCAGCGCCGCCACCAGGGGGCGCCAAGCGCUGCUGCGGCUCCUGCAGGGACAGGUCCGUUUGGCGGCAGGGGCAGGGCCCGGCUCGGCCCCUCCCCUGCUGGAGAGGGAGGGGCGUCACCGGCGCCUCUUACUGGGAGCACUGGGAGCACUGGGAGAGCCCCUCCCCCACCCGGGCCCCUCCCCCCUUGACUCUCUGAGGCGGAACCUGGGAUUGGGCCCCGAGCAGCCCCUCCCCCUCCUGCUGCACCGUGUGGCCGAGCUGCGCCACGAUCUCCGGAGGGCGGGGCUUCCCAAAAAGGGGGCGGGGCCACCUCCUCCAAAGGAGGUGUGUCCCGUCGGGCCCCGCCCCACCCCAGGCCCCAACCCUGAGCUGCUGCAGAGGCUGCGAUUGGUCAGCGACAAGUGCCAGGAGUGUCUCGAGGGCUGGCCCCGCCUCCUGGACACUGUCAGCCAAUGGUGGGACCUCCCUGCCCAGCACAUCCAGGCCACGCCCCCCGACCGCAUCCCGUUCUCCCAUUGGCUGGAGCGCUGGAGGGGGGCGGUGCUGGCCUUGACCACGCCCAUACCGGAAGUAGGGGAGGAGCCAGUGGAGCCCCACCCAUGAGAGGGGAGAGGGUUUUGAUUGUCAAUAAAGGUGUUGCAGA